UGAUUAAUACGUAGGCUUUACGAUGAAGAAAUGAGUUAUGUGAGAUAUUGCAUUGCUGUCGAAUUGACAAUUGUACAAGAAAGAUGCUCAAGAAAAGAAAAAAAAAAACCCCAAUCCAAACUCCAAGCCCACAAAUCAAACCAAAUCAAGGUCUAAAAACAAAGCUAUACAUAUCCAGGUAUCAUCCAUAUCAUCCAAUCCAAUCAAUCAGUCAAUCAAUCAAUUCGCACCGGCUAUCGGCUCAGGGAUUACGAAAUAAGCUUGGCUGGGUCAGUGGGCUGGACAUCCCUCUUGUUCUUGCUCAUGCUCUUGUUCUUGCACACCCGGCCAGAAGGCGUGGCGCUGGCGCUGGGCGUGGGAGUGGUCUUGGGGGGCUGGGUGGUUUUCGGGGGUUGAGUGGUCUUGGAGGGUGCAGAAGUCUUGCUGGGAGCUGGGUUUGCGCUGGAGGGUUUGGUGCUGGGCUUGUUGUCGUUCUUGUGGUUGUCCUUGUUGUUGUGGCUGCUGUGGCUGCUGUGGCUCCUGCUGCCGCCGUGGCUCCUGCUCUUGUGCUUGUCGAUGCUGCGGGCUUCGACAAUGUUGUCGUUGUCUUCAUCCUCGUCGGCCUCAUCAUCUUCAGCAUCACGAGCGGUAUUCUGGUGCUCAUCCGUCUCGUCGUCGUCGGCAUCAGCCUCGUCGGCCUCCUCAUCGGCCUCAUCAUCUUCAACAUCACGAGCGGCAUUCUGGUGCUCGUCCGUCUCGUCAUCGUCGGCAUCAGCCUCGUCGGCCUCCUCAUCGGCCUCAUCGUCAUCGGCCUCAUCAUCUUCAACAUCACGAGCGGCAUUCUGGUGCUCGUCCGUCUCGUCAUCGUCGGCAUCAUCAUCGUCGGCCUCAUCAGCCUCAUCAUACCGGCCUCGUCAUCAUCGUCUUCAACAUCCCGAGCAGCGAUGGCCUCAUCAUUCUCAAUCAUAUUCUGGGACGGGAAUGGUGGUGAUUCCAUUGAAGGCGGGGUUUGCCCGUGCGUUGAUUGUGUGUGGAAAGGGUUAAGUACAUGGCUUGAUGCCCUGGUUGAGGCCUGGGUCGAGGGGAGCGCCGAGGGCGAUGCUGGCGAUGAGGAGUUGGAUGGUUGUGUAGCGCAUGGUAAAGAUGAUAGUUGGUUAGGUAGAUUGGUUGGAAUAGAGAAGAGUCUGGAUGACUGUGUUUGAUUGUUGAUAAUGAUUCGAAUGAGCAGGAUAAACGGCCAUAUUUAUGUCUUCUGGCUUCCAUACUUCAACGUGAAGUCUACUGAAUAUGCC